AGCCAGAAGAGCACUGCUGGUCUUAGCAGAUGGAGCCAGGGGAGUUAGAAGUCAAACCUUGAUUGCUGGUCUGUGAGAAUUAAAUUCAGCAUGGGAUGUCUCUACUGUUUCCUGGGGCUUCUGCUCCUGGCUGCAAGAUUGCCUCUCGAUGCCGCCAAACGAUUCCAUGAUGUGCUGAGCAGUGAGAGACCUUCUGGUCAUAUGAGGGAGCACAACCGUUUAAAUGGCUGGUCUUCAGAUGAAAACGACUGGAAUGAAAAACUCUAUCCCAUGUGGAAAAGAGGAGACCCAAGGUGGAGAAACUCCUGGAAGGGAGGCCACGUGCAGGCAGUUCUGACCAGUGACUCUCCAGCGCUGGUGGGCUCAAAUAUAACAUUCGUGGUGAACCUGGUAUUCCCCAGAUGCCAAAAGGAAGAUGCCAAUGGCAAUAUAGUCUAUGAGAAGAACUGCAGAAAUGGGACAGGCCCCUCUCCUGACCUGUACGUGUACAACUGGACAGCGUGGGCUGAGGACAGCGACUGGGGAAACGACACUGCCCAGAGCUUCCACGUGUUCCCGGACGGAAGGCCGUUCCCACACCACCACAGAUGGAGGAAAUGGAGCUUCGUCUACGUGUUUCACACACUUGGUCAGUAUUUCCAGAAAUUGGGACAGUGUUCAGCUAGUGUUUCUAUAAACACAACCAAUGUGACGCUUGGCCCUCAAUUCAUGGAAGUAACUGUCUUUAGAAGAGACCGACGGACAUAUGUUCCCAUCGCAAAAGUGAAAGAUGUGUAUGUGGUAACAGAUCAGAUUCUUAUAUUUGUGAAUAUGUCCCAGAAGAAUGAUCGAAAUUCAUCUGAUGAAACCUUCCUCAGGGACAUCCCCAUUAUGUUCAAUGUCCUGAUUCAUGACCCCAGCCACUUCCUGAGUGCGUCCACCAUUAACUACAAGUGGAACUUCGGGGAUAAUACCGGUCUGUUUGUUUCCAACAAUCACACUUUGAAUCACACGUAUGUGCUCAACGGAACCUUCAACCUGAACCUCACUGUGCAAGCUGCAGUGCCCGGACCUUGUCCUUCGCCUUCACCCAGACCUCCAAGACCCACUCCCUCUUUCUCACCUGUUGAUGACAGCCCCCUCGAGUUGUGGGAGAUUCCUGAUGAAGACUGCAAGAUUCACAGAUACGGUCACUUUAAAGCCACCAUCACAAUUGUAGAGGGAAUUCUAGAGGUGAACAUCGUUGAGAUGACAGAAGUUCUGAUGCCUGUGCCACAGCCUGAUGACCCCCUGAUGGACUUCGUUGUGACCUGCCAAGGGACCAGCCCCACAGAGGUCUGCACCGUCGUUUCUGACCCCACCUGCCAGGUCGCCCAGGACACCGUCUGCAACCCCGUGGAGGUGGACGUGGGCGACGCGUGCUUGCUGACCGUGCGCCGAGCCUUCAACGGCUCUGGGACGUACUGCGUGAACCUCACUCUGGGGGACAGCGCGAGUCUGGCCCUCACGAGCACCCUCGUCUCUGUCCCAGGCAGACACCUAGGUUCCCCUUUAAGAAUGGCAAAUGGUGGUGCCCUGGCCUCCGUGGGCUGCUUGGCCAUACUUGUCACUGUGAUCGCCCUCUUGGUGUACAAAAAACACAAGGAAUACAAACCGAUAGAAAACAGUACUGAGGUCAAAGGCAAAGGUCUGGAUGGUUUCCUCGAGCAUGCAAAGGUCAAGUUCUUCCCCAGAUGCCAGGAGAAAGAUCCGCUGCUCAAGAACCCGCCAAGGGUUCUUUAAAUCUUCAGCCUUAUUUCUGCCCAGCAGCUCGCUCUUCGGUGCCGUAUGUAUAAGCUGUGCUAGAGUAGAUGUGGCUGUUAACUUUUUUCCCUAGAGAUUACUGUAAAAUAUAUGUUGUGGUUUAGGGAGGUCCAAUUUUUUUUUUAUAGGUUAAAUGACAUUUUAGAAAAGUAGAGAGGAAUGAUACAGUGCGCAGCCUCAGCUGUGUUCUAUAACGGAUAAAAAUCGGUCAGCAGUGCUUUCUUUCAUUAUGAUUUAUGUUUCACUUAUAAUGUCUUAACGUGAUUAGUAGGCCAGACAUACUGUGUCCGAAGAGUAGGGGCAGAUGGUACUAUUCAUCGAGUCUGACCCAGGUUAUCUGGAAAAAGAGUCUGGACACUUUCUAGCUUUUCAUAUAAACACAUGCACAAAACCACCGUGCUGUAUCCCUGUCCUUAAGAUCAUGUUCCAAGCUCAAUGAACCCUAUUGCAAUGAAUAUGCAUGAGCUCCCAACAGAACAAUAACAGGCCAAGACUCUACCAUGAUGUGGAUGGUUGUCAGACUAAAAUAAUAAUAUUCACCUAGUCAAUGGGUGUGAAUAUCUUUGUGACAAUUUAUCCUGCCCAGCAGUAUAAAGAAAUUGUAUCCAUUCAUUCAUCCCAUGGACAUUUAGUGCUUUCUGUGUGUCAGGCAUGUUGCUCUGCACAUGGCCCAGCACUCAAAGUGUGGACACUCUUGUGUGUAUAUAUGAAUUUCUGUGCACUCUGAUGCAUUUAUUUGAAAUUAUGUAUUAUGAUUUUCCAAAGAAGGAGACCCCUGGUUAUCCUACUAGUUUCUCUAUUUAAAUGGUAUAGAAAUUUGCCCUGUCCGAGUGGCUUAGUUGGUUGGAGCAUCAUCCCUACACCAAAAGGUUGCGGGUUUG